AUGGCUGCCACUCCUGAUCCUCACGAUGACCCUUACAUCGACGACAAGGCCAAGAAAAUCUUUUUCGACAGUGUUAAUAUUGGAAACGCGAGAUUGUACGGUCUUGGAGAGGACUUGGAUCUCGUGGGCGAUCAAUAUCAGCUUGCCGUGUCUAUCCUUUUCGUCACAUACAUUCUGUCCGAAGUCCCAUCCAAUAUCGCCCUCCAGAAGUUUACUCCAUCUCGAUGGCUAGCCCUAAUCACCACGGGCUGGGGAGUUAUGGCUGCCCUUACUAGCAUUAUCCAAAGCUUCCACGGGUUGAUAAUCUGUCGUCUUCUUCUCAGUGCCCUCGAGGGUAGCUUAUUCCCUGGGUUAGCGGUCUACCUGACAUUCUUUUAUACCAAACGCGAGCUAGCUCUUCGCACCGCUUAUCUCUUCGUCUCUUCAGCAAUCGCUGGCUCGGCCGGUGGUUUACUUGCCUAUACCAUUGGCUUCAUGGAUGAUAUCUCAGGGAUGCGAGGAUGGCGGUGGAUUCUCGUUCUCGAAGGAGUCCCUACCUUGAUUCUCGGCAUUUCUGCUUGGUUUUGGCUGGCCAAUGACCCCGAAACGGCACAUUUCUCUCCUCCGAUGAGCGAGAUUUGGUCGUGA